CAUUGUUUUGACGUGCGAAGAAGUGGCUUGGUUCUGAGAAAUCAUUUCUUAACACUAAUUCUGUGAAAAAUAUGGAAAACCACCGAAAUAAUCGUGACGCAGUGAACUCAAAUGCCCACGUGGGAGAGCCAGGAGACGAGGGAGACGCCUGGGGUGUGAAUGACAGGAACAACACAAAGAAUGUGUCCGCAUGGAUGCCUGUGGAUAGGUAUGCUUCUGAGUACAACAUGAAGCACAAGAAGCGCGGAAUUGCUGUGAUCUUCAACCACGAGACCUUCACGAAUCACACGCUAAAGGCAAGGGCAGGCACAAAUGUGGACGCAGAGAACCUCAGCAAUUGCCUGAAGAAGCUCCACUUUAGCGUGGAAAUGUGCAAGGACUUCAUGUUCAAGGAGAUCCAUGAGAAAAUCGAGAAGCUGGCCAAGAUGGAUCACAGUGACUCGGAUUGCAUCCUCGUGGCGAUUCUGUCGCAUGGCGAGUUCGGCAGCAUUUACGCCCGCGACAUUCCGUACAACCUCGACUCCAUCUGGUCGUUCUUCACCGCCGACCGCUGCCCCAAGCUGGCCGGGAAGCCCAAGCUGUUCUUCAUUCAGGCUUGCCAGGGAGAUCGACUGGACGGCGGCGUGACUCUGAUGCAGCGCACAGAAACGGACUCUGGGAGUGUGUCCAGCAUGAGUUAUCGCAUCCCAACGCAUGCGGACUUCCUCAUUGCCUACUCCACCAUUCCCGGCUUCUACUCGUGGCGCAACACCACGAAGGGCUCCUGGUUCAUCCAGUCGCUGUGCACCGAACUGAGCGCCAACGGCACCAAGUACGAUCUGCUCACGCUCCUCACGUUCGUCUGCCAGCGCGUGGCGCUGGACUUCGAGUCCAACACGCCAGACUGCGAGACGAUGCACCAGCAGAAGCAGAUCCCUUGCGUUACCACAAUGCUGACGCGUCUCCUGCGCUUCCACGACAAGUGAAUCUCUUGAUGAGCCUCUUGAUGACAAGGAGCCCCGGAGGCUCUGCAGCUAAAUCAAUUUUAUCUGAAAUCUCAAAUAAAGUAUAGUUUUAUACGAUGAUAA